AUGGACGCUACGCAAACGGUCAACGGCGAUGGCGGGAAGACAGAGGUCAAGAUAUUGAUGCUGCAUGGCUACACGCAGUCCGGGCCUCUCUUCCACGCCAAGACUCGCGCGCUCGAGAAAUCGCUCACGAAGACGCUCGCCUCCUCCUCUCUCCUCCCCGUCCUCCUCUACCCCACCGGCCCCAACCGUCUGCGGCCUCGGGACAUCCCCGGUUACGAGCUGGCCGGGGACGGGGACGAGGAUGACGACUCCCAGACCGACUGCUGGGCCUGGUUUCGCAAGGACGAGGCCACGGUCACCUAUCGCUUUUUCGACGAGGGCAUGGCCGUCAUCGCCGAUGCCAUUCGCCACGCCGGCGGUGUCGACGGCGUCUGCGGCUUCAGCCAGGGUGGCGCCGUCGCGGGCCUCGUCGCGGCCGCCAUGGAGAGCGACAGGCCGGCGCCGGAGGGGGCCGCGGGCGACUGGGCGAGACGGUUGAGGGAGGCCAACGCCGGACGGUCGCUGCGCUUUGCCGUCUCCUACUCUGGCUUCUUCGGUCCCGUCGAUGGCUUGCGGUGGUGUUACGACCCGAAGAUCAAGACGUCGAUGAUGCAUUACCUCGGCAGCCUCGACACCGUCGUCGACGAGAGUCGGAGUCGGGGCCUCAUCGACAGGUGCGAGGAGCCCGUCGUGGUAGUCCACCCUGGGGGCCACCACGUCCCCGUGGCCAAGCAGUGGACCAUGGCUCUCGCCGGAUUCAUCCGACAACGAGCGCUGCCAGGGCACCCGGAGCCGGGUCUGUGA